AAUGUUAAUUAAUUACAGUAAACAGACUGCGUGCGUCAAUCGUUAAAUAGCUGUUCAUUGAUAGUGUAACCUCUCUUAUCGGCAUAUCCCGGAACGUCUGGAAACCAAUGCGGAUCUAUUAGGCAACGCAGAACUUUGGACAGUACAUAUUCAUUGUCAUUAAUUCACGUACAUUCCAAUUUCUAUCUGUGUUGGUCUAGACUAAAGGUAAGAUUUGUAUUACUAACUCUGAGUUUGAGAAAUUAUUAAAAGGCCGACAACGCAAUCGCGAGCCCUCUGGCAUUGAGUGUCCAUGGGCGGUGGUACGCCCCGUUUGUCGGCUAUAAUAUUAAAAAUAUUAAUCUUUGAAAAUUCGAAUUAAGCUAAUAAUUUCAAGAUUCAGCCAAAACGCUUUAGGUGAGACGACGUCAAGCUUUUAACGUGUUAAUCAGUCUUAAAGCACAGUAUCGGAUGAAAUUCUAAAACUCCUAGAAAGAACUAGGUAGGCGAAGAAAAAAUAUUUUCUGGCACGCUACUUCGACUUGACUUAUCACGUUUUUAGUCACGUGACCGACUUGGAAUUCAAAAUUUUUAUUACAAUUUGUUUUAUUAUUUGCAAGCUAUUUUACAGCCUAUAUAUAUUAAAUAGCCUAUUAUAUAUGUAAUUUCCUGGCUUGGUUUUUAAUCCCAGAUAUAUUAUAUUUCACGCGAACGAAGAUAACAAUAUCAAUAUGAUUUCCUGCCCACAAUUGGAUAUAUUUAUAUAGGAUAGCGUUCAAAAGGUUUUAUCUACCGAAUAUUCAAUUUAUCAGAAUGAUUCGUUAUUAAUUAAGUAGUAGCAUUGAGAAAUUUGCGGGUGAUCAGAAACGACAGUCCGUCAAACGUACCGUCAUCGGAGUUCAAUAGAAAUUAUCCAUAAAAACCUUGUCAAGCAUACUUCAGUAAGUUUUGUUUCUCUUGUUUUGAUCAAUGAACUUAGAUGGACAUUAAACAACAACAAAAAAAUUAUUGCAAGACCUGUCUGCCAUAAGUUUUAUCUAAAAAUAUAUUAAUUUAUUAGUAUGGAAUAAGCGCGUCUCAGGUAACUACAUUUCCAUAUAUAAACAAGAAUUCUUCGAAACAUCUCAUUACACUGACAAUCGUUCAUAACAUAUCAAACACUGAACACGUGCGCGUGAGUACGAUUAAAAAUGAAUAGGACUAGUGCGACUUUAAUGCUUCAAACUAUUAUGGUGCUGAUGGAAAAGCAGAACUCGUCUGGAGUUACCCAUUUCCCGACUGGUUUUUAUGAGGAUGCGGAAAUUGAGCGUUGCUAUCAGCCAUAUGGGUGCUUUUCAAAGGCCUACCCCUGGACAGAACAUCGGCCUGACAACUACUUUCCAGUGUCCCCAGAAUCUCUAGGAGUAAGAUAUGCUGUGUUCACGAGACGAAAUAGAAAGAUACCAGUCCUAUUCCAGGCGCAUGAAGAGGAAAAAGUGCGCAAUGCCAACAUCGACUCACGAGGGCCGUUUUAUUUCAUUACGCACGGUUUUCUUGAUGGCGGACAUAAGAUUUGGAUUCAAAAUAUAGCUGAUGCCUUAUUAAAUUUGGAGGGAAAUGAUGCAGCCACAGUUACAAUAGUAGACUGGCGUCGUGGUUCACAGCCUCCAUAUGGACAGGCCGUGGCGAAUAUAAGGCUUGUUGGGGUUAUGACGUCACACCUUAUUUACACUUACUACAAAGAACUGGGUUUGUCCAAUUUAAACAAUUUCCAUUUCAUCGGACACUCUUUGGGUUCACAUUUGGCUGGUUACUGUGGACAUUCUCUGCAAAAGAAAUACAAUCUUAAACUGGGACGAAUCACUGGUCUUGACCCAGCAGCUCCGUACUUCAGUAACACCGUGACCUUGGUCCGUCUUGACAGAUCUGAUGCGGAAUAUGUUGAUAUAAUACACAGUAACGCUAUGCCUCUAUACUUCUCAGGAUUUGGCAUAUCCGAGCCAAUAGGCCACGUGGAUUUCUUCCCCAACGGAGGUUCCACUCAACCUGGUUGUAAAAACGACGGUUCAGCAAAUCAAGGGGGGGGAGACAUGUACCAGUCAGUGGUGAAAUAUGUUGCCUGCAACCACGAGAGAAGCUACGAUUUCUUCUUCGAAAGUAUCGCGCCCAGUUGCCCCUUCAUGUCCAUACAGUGCAAGUCAUACGAGGCGUUCCUCGACGGUAACUGCACGAGCUGUGAUAACAAACACCUGUGUAUACCCAUGGGAUUCCACUCCCAUAACAUGUACAAGCGACUUCAAAUGGGCGGACUGGUCGAUACAAAUGCCAACGUCGCCUUAUACGCAUUGACUGGAAGCACUAAGCCGUUUUGCAGAGUCCACUAUGAAGUUACGUUAAAGGUGUCAAAUUCAACGGAGAGCAAAAUUCACGGGCCAGAUGUUGGAAAAAUAUUAAUAACCCUAAUAGAUAGGAAUAAUAACAAAAGUGAUCAUCGGUUUCUGAAUGACGAACAGAAAUACUACAGACCUGGUGAUGUCGAUACGAAACUGAUACCUUUUAAGGACACAGGUCUUCCACCUCUCACUGUUAAAGUGGAAUGGAAGUAUGAAGCCAAUUUCCUUAACCCCAUGACGUGGCGAUUACUUAAAUCCUCUAGCCUCUACAUUGAAUAUAUUAAAGUGUCUUCGUUAGAAUAUAAUACUGAUAUAACUGUCUGUCCGAAGCUCAAGAAACCAGUGGUGGCUAACCUUCCAACGAUAAUGAAAACCAAAUAUUGUUCACAUCCGUAAAGUUCUAAGUUAAACAGAUGAGAAUUUCCAAAAGUAUUCUAUAUUAGUAUUAAUAGUAUUCCAAUUAGUAAUAAGGGUUGAAUUGUGAGAACACAUUGUUUGAUUUUAAUAUAUUAUUAUAAAAAAAAUA